ACCAUUCGUUGCUAUGGAGGGAAUCAAUGGGCCUGCCUAUCUUUCCAGCUUGGUGGCUAAAGACUGCACGCACACUUGGUGCUGGGAUUCCUGUCUAUUAGGCGGAAUUUGGUAAUUGGUGCGCAAUGGGACGCGGAGCCAAUGAGAGCCGUUGAUGUGUACCAAUAGGACGAGAGCGUGGGCGGGGCGCUGCAUUGGCAGACAUGCAAGGUGGUGUGUUCCGGAGCUGCCAGCUGUUCCUUAUACUGGUGCUGCUGUUGUGCCCGUCCCGGCCAGUCUGGGGUCUCCAGUACAAACAAUAUUUGCAUUUCCAAGUGCUGAGCCCUGGGGACAUCCAGUACAUCUUCACAACCACCCCAGCCAAGGAUUUCGGGGGUAUCUUCAACCAGAGAUAUGACCAGAUCCACUUGGUUCCUGCUGACCCACUCGAGGCCUGCGGAGAGCUGAAUAAUGGGGCUUUCAUCCAGGGGGAGAUCGCACUGGUGGAGAGAGGGGGCUGCUCCUUCUUGUCCAAGACGCGGGUGAUUCAGGAGCACGGGGGCCUGGCUGUGAUUAUUGCAGACAAUGCUGCGGACAAUGACAGCCGUUAUGUAGAUAUGAUCAACGACAACAGCGGCAGAACAGCGGAUAUCCCAGCACUCUUCCUGCUCGGCAGAGACGGGUACAUGAUCCAGCGUUCCCUGGAGCAGCACGGACUUCCCUGGGCCAUCAUCUCCAUCCCAGUGAACAUCAGCAGCAUUCCAACUUUUGAGCUCAAACAGCCGCCUUGGACCUACUGGUAGUGUCUCCCCCAGCAGCAGGAUCACAGCCAUAUUACUGUGAGUGCAGCAGGAGAGGUGUAGAGCCAGUAGCACUGAGCAGCAGGAUGAUUUCUCCUUGUAUUUCUGCAGCCCUUGCUUAGUCUUCCUCAGAAAAUGCACAUUAUAUCCAGUGUAGGGUCCAUGUGACCGUGUGUGUUAAAGUCUGGGGCUAGCGGCAUUGGAGUCUCUCACACUAACCAGAUUUUACAAUUACUCAGGGGUAACCAUCCUUUAGUACUCAAGCUGUCUUGGAACUGAAACCUCCAGAAGUCCCUGACAGCUGAAGAACCGAAGUAGCUGAUUGGAGCAUUAAUACAGGCUUGUGAAUCCCUAGUCUAAUGAUACUCACCAGGUCACCCCUUUAACCAGGGCAAAUCUCAAUUAAAUAGAUCUCUGUAGCACUUGUGUUUUAUAAAUAACCCAAGGGAGAGGGUUAAUAUGGCCUUUUUAGCCAAAACCUAUUUAAAUAUAUUUUUCCUGUUUCCUGUCUGAACCCAGACUUAUAAACAUUCCACCUUUCUGGGCACAAAGCACAAGUUUCUCUUGGAUCCUGAGGGGAAAAAGUUCUGCUCAACUCUGAAGUUGUGCUUAAGGCGGGGAUGUGGUCUCUUCUAAAAUGAAAUGAAUAUGGUUUGUGACGGGGGGUCGCAGGGAGAAGCUUUUUUAAAUUAACCCAUUGGCUGCCAGAAUUACAAAUGUGAGCACUAAGUAUAAUACAUUUUACCAGAGGCGACAUAUUCCCUGUAAGGAAAGGCUUUCGCAGGGUGGGGUUGUAUUUUUUUUUGAAUGUGUCGCUUGUCUAAAAGUUUGUUAUACUUGGAAAGUCUGGAUUUCUAUUGAAAUAAAACACUGUGCCUCCCA